AUGGCUACUGGAGGGAUGAUCUCAAGUAACCUACCAGUGUUUGACGGCAAAGGAUAUGAUGAUUGGUGUGUCAAAAUGGAUACAAUUCUUGGUUUCCAAGAAGUGGAUGAGAUCGUGAAGAAAGGUUUCAAAGAACCUUCAAAGAAUGAUACAGAUGAGGUGAAGAAGUCGUAUAAAGAAAAUAGGAGAUUGGAUUGCAAAGCUAAAAUGCUUUUGCAUCAGUGCAUAUCUGCUACGAUAUUCCAGAAAGUUUCAAAAGCUACCACGACAAAGGAGGUAUGGGAUAUCUUACAAGAAGGCUAUGAUAAUUCCGGAAAAGUAAAGAAAGUUAGAUUACAGUCUCUACAGAGACAAUAUGAACUUCUGUGUAUGGGCGAGCAAGAAACAAUUGUAGAGUAUAUUGGGAGGAUACAUGUCAUAGUGAAUGCAAUGAGAGCCUUUGUUGCGAUAAAAGAGUGCAAGGAUCUUGAAACCAUGAGGGUUGAAGAGUUACAAAACUCACUAGAAGCACAUGAACAGAGGCUGACUAAGAGAAGAAAUACUGACAAAGGCACAAACCAAGCUUUACAUACCAGAGUUGAACAAAAGAUAAAAGGUCGUGGAGAGGUAGAGGACGUUCAAAAGCUGGACGAAGUGGAGGCAGAAAUACAAAUUCCUCUGAAAAAUCUGGAGAUGAAAAUCCAUGGGCAUUAUGCUUCAGAAUGCUGGCACAAUGAAACGGUGAAGAAAAGCAGUAAGAAUGAUGAAGCAAAUCUUGCACAAGAAGACGCGUGUGAGACAGACUCAGACCACGUGUUACUGAUGAGCACCAUGAAUCAUGUAGAGGAUGACAAGUGUUGGUAUCUUGACACAGGUUGUUCCAACCAUAUGACAGGAAAAAGAGAGUGGUUAAUAGAUCUUGACACAAGUAUAAAUAGCAGUGUGUGA